UUCAUGUUUUUUAUGUUGCAGAUUUCGUAUAAGUGUUAAAUAUUCAAUUUUGAUUUAAAUCGUCAUGAGUCUGACAUCCAUCAUUAUAUUGUUCGCAUGCUGCAUUGCUGUUUCUGAACAACGUGGCCUAAUGAGAGGCGAGUGCAUGGUCCAACCAAACCGUCGUAUCGAGUGCGGGCAUUCAGGGAUCACUAAAUUCCGAUGUCUCGCCCAACACUGUUGCUAUGACAACUCGAUCUUGGGCGCCAUCUCGUGUUUUGAAAGCAAAGCUACAGUUACUCCAUUAGGCCAAGCCCCAGCCGUUGUAACAUUAGAGAUUCUCAACAACCAAGCUAACGACGAACUGUAUUCCCCACAACCCCAUUCAAACAAUCCAGAUAAAUCAACUGUUCGAACAUGUUCUGCCGCCCCAAUAGAUAGAGUUGAAUGCGGUUGGUCAAGCAUUUCUCGUCAGUCGUGUGAAGCCAGAGGUUGCUGCUUUGACAGAUCAGUACGGGGCGUCCCUUGGUGCUUUCAAGCAGAUUCUUUACUGAUCAGUCGAAAAAUGAAAUCAGUUCUUGAAUGCACAUGGGAAUGUUCACGUAAAUCGUGGCGUAAAAUAGCUUCAGGUUAUACCAAGUGUGGGACGAACGUAGUUUGCUGGAUGACGUUGGUCGGCCAAACACCGGGUUCUUGCGUGUCUGCAUGUAAAACUACAUACGAAAUCGAUGUUUUCAAAUCCAACGUGUCUGUUUGCCUCGGGCUUGGUACAGAAACAGCUCGAUCAGCUUCCACAGAAUGCGACACGGACCUUCCGUGUUGGAUAGAUAGGUUCGGAAACCGGGCUCUACAUUGUUUCAGACUUUACCAAAUGACUGGUCAAAGCUUUGUCGUAGAAAUUCCAUCAACUGAAGAACCAUUGCUGCCACAAGAGGAGCUAGUACUUCCACUGACGUCAUCACGACCCACACCAAUCAUACAAAGAGAAGAAAUAACGAGAGAAGAGCCAGAGAUCGAACCGGAGGAACCGGAAGAAGGGAACUCUCCUCCCCCGCCAGAGGAAGAACACAGGAGGACAAAUCUUAACGUUGAGAUCAGCUCCGGGGGACAAACGGAGAACAGGAGCGUUGGGAAUGAUGUUCCUCCUUCGGAAGAACAAGAGGAGAGAAUCCCGGAGGAGAGGAUCGAAGAGGAAAAUUCGCGAUGAGGAGGAUAAAAUAUUGAUUAAGUUUGAAUCAUCGGGAUUAGAAUGAAGGGUUGGAGCCCGUAUAUACUUAGCCACUGUUAAUUGUUUCAUAGAUUCGCAACAUAAAACAAUCCGCUUGGUACAUUUGUUGUAUUUAAAUAAACGAUAAAAUAUUGUCGAA